AUGAUUAAGCAAGCAUAUGCAGGUGAGGCCUUUUCAAGAAGUCGUGCUUUUGAGUGGUACAAAAGGUUUCUUGAAGGCAGAGAUUCAGUGCCAGACGAUUCCAGAGCUAGUCGCCCGUCUAUAGCACAUACCAAUGCAAACGUAGAGCGUGUAAGGCAGUUAUUGCAAGAAGACCGUCGUGUAACUGUGGAUAUGAUAUCUGAGGAACGGAAUUUGAAUCUUUAUGUUUGUCAUAAAAUUUUACGUGAAGAUUUAUGGGUAUUUAAUGCAAGAAUAAUCCCUCACUCACUAACAGAUGAACAGGAAGAGAUGGAAAUUCUCUUUUAUAUUUCUUUAGAAAAAGAGCGGGACCAAUAA